UUCUUUUUUAUGGGAUAUGUAGAUUUAGAGCUUAUGUUCUCUAUUUUCAAAUUUGCAGGAAAGACUGAAAGCAAUGGCUGAACUUGAAAGAGAAAUUGAAGGACUCUCCGAAAGGAAGAGACGUGCAUAUCAUAGGUAUAUGGACAAGCUGAAUGGAAAGAAAAAGAAAAAGAAGCAGCAAGUUCAAGAAAAAAAUGAUGGAAAGGAUGAAAACCCUGCAGCAAUGAAUAGCAAGAAUGACAGUGAGGAGAUAUCAGUAGAAGAGUAUUUUAAGAAUGCACGAGAAAAAAUUAAAAUGCUCAAAACAGCUAUGGAAGAUGAUUUCCUUGAUGAUUUUGAUGACCUUGGGAUAGAGGAUGAUGAUGAUUUUGAUGACACUGAUAGUGAAUAUGGGGAUUAAUGAUAAUAAUAUUAUGUUACAUAUUCUAGUUGUAGACUUUUUUAUCAUUGUAUAUUAUCUUGAGAGCCUUGCACAUUUAUUAUUUUUUUUUUUUUUGUCAAUUCAUUGUUAGUAAGUAUUCCAUCUUGACUCCAGUCUGAAUUGCAGUCUCUCAGUCACUCUCAAAAAUAAACAGGUGGAACUCACUUAUUGCAUUGAAAGGAAGAAAAUAAAAACUUGGUAUAGAAA